CAAUAAUAGAGUGGUUUAUGUUGGGACUCAAACGGUUUUAAUUAAGGAUUCCGGUUUCUGUUAAUGCGUAACUAAAUAUAAAAUAAAUAUAUUAUAUUAUAAUAAAAAUGGGACACGGGAGGAACAUUUCUCGGGCUGCGAACAACCCGUAACGUCGGAGGUGUGUUUUUGUGUCUCCGCCCACUCCGGAAAACUCUGCGGAGACCGUCGUUAUUUUUUAUUUUCUAAGGUGACGUGGAGUCGGACCUCUCUUCCACACUGUCCCAUGUGUCAUCGACAGCACCUGCCGUACCCGGACGCGAUCGCAAUGAAUGUAUAAUACGUCGCUGCAUCGAGUCGAGGAGCCUCCGACUGUCCAGCUGUGGCGUUAGAUCUUCACACCGAGCUCCGGCGUCGGCGCGCAGCGCAGCGCGGAGGCGGCCGCCGCGGCCUGAAGUGCGAGGAAUCCAGCGGACGGACGGGUUUCGUUUGGGAUCCGCAGCACUGGGACUGAAAGGGCCACAGCAGCGAUACUGGUCGUGCAGCAUUUCCCAACUUCUAACUGAAGGCGAAGAUACAACAACGUGCCUCUUCAGAACACAGGGUCAUGCGAGGCGGAAGAGGACGCCGGCCGGCCGGCGGCCAGGGGACGAUGGGCCUGCACUGCUUCUUGAUCCUGUCGCUGUUCUCGUGCUGGGCGGUGGGCUACAAGCAGGGGGACAACGUGACUCUCUAUGUCAACAAAGUCGGCCCUUAUCACAACCCCCAGGAGACGUAUCACUUCUACACGCUGCCGGUCUGCCGGCCCGAGAAGGUGCACCACAAGUCCCUGAGUCUGGGAGAAGUGUUGGAUGGGGACCGGAUGGCCGAGUCGUUAUAUUACAUCCGAUUCAGAGAGAACGUGGAGAAAAAAACCCUCUGCAAGCUCACACUUUCAGAGAAACAGGUGGACGAACUCCGCGAGGCCAUCGAGGAGCUGUUCUACUUUGAAUUCGUCCUGGAGGACAUUCCUAUCUGGGGGUUUGUGGGAUACAUUGAGGAGAGCGGCUUCCUGCCUCACAGCCACAAGGUGGGUCUGUGGACUCACCUCGACUUCAACAUCGAGUACAACGGCGACUCGGUGAUCUUUGCCAACGUUUCGGUAAAAGACGUCAAACCAGUUCCCCUGGAGGAGGGGGCCGGCGCCGUGGUGGGUGGGGUCGGAGUGGGCGGAGGAGGCCUGACGGUCACCCACACCUACAGCGUGCGCUGGUUCGAGUCCACGCUGCCUCACGCCCGGAGAGCCGAGCGCCUGCGGGACUACUCGUUCUUCCCCAAAACGCUGGAGAUCCACUGGCUCUCCAUCAUCAACUCGCUGGUGCUGGUGGUGCUGCUGCUGGGCUUCGUCAUCAUCAUCCUCAUGCGGGUCCUCAAGAAUGACUUUGCCAGGUACAACGUGGAGGAAGAGGGCGGCUGCGACGAUCUGGACCAGGGAGACAACGGCUGGAAGAUCAUACACACCGAUGUCUUCAGGUUUCCUCCUUACAAAAGCCUGCUGUGUGCAGUGCUGGGAGUGGGAGCUCAGUUCCUGACCCUCGCCACAGGAAUCAUCUUCAUGGCGCUGCUGGGAAUGUUCAAUGUGCACCGCCACGGUUCCAUCAACUCCACAGCGAUCGUGCUGUACGCGCUCACCAGCUGUGUGUCCGGCUACGUGUCCUGCAGCUUCUACACGCAGAUCAACGGCCAGCGCUGGGUGUGGAACAUCAUCCUCACCUCGUCGCUCUUCUCCGCUCCCUUGUUCCUGACGUGGAGCGUCGUGAACUCCAUCCACUGGUGGAGCGGCUCCACCCAGGCUCUGCCGGCCACCACCGUGCUCCUCAUCCUGGGGGCCUGGGUGCUGGUGGGCUUCCCGCUCACGGUCAUCGGCGGCAUCGUGGGGAAGAACCGAGCCGGCAGCUUCCAGGCGCCGUGUCGCACCCGCAACAUCGCCCGGCAGAUCCCGACGCAGCCGUGGUACAAACACACGGUGGUGCACAUGGCCAUCGGCGGCUUCCUGCCGUUCAGUGCCAUCUCAGUGGAGCUGUACUACAUCUUUGCCACAGUUUGGGGCAGAGAGUACUACACGCUGUACGGCAUCCUGCUGUGCGUCUUCGCCAUCCUGCUCUCGGUGGGCGCCUGCAUCUCCGUGGCGCUCACCUACUUCCUGCUGUCCGGCGAGGACUACCGCUGGUGGUGGCGGAGCGUCCUGAGCACCGGCUCCACCGGCCUCUUCAUCUUCGUCUACUCGGUCUUCUAUUACCGGAACCGGUCCUCUAUGAGCGGCCUGGUGCAGAGCACGGAGUUCUUCGGUUACUCUCUGCUCACGGCGAUGGUCUUCACGCUGAUGCUGGGCAGCGUGUCCUUCUGGGCCUCGCUGGCCUUCAUCCGCUACAUCUACCGGAGCCUGAAGAUGGAUUAGACGUGGAACGUGCACACGGACACAAAUAAGCACUUCCUCAGAGCACACGGGGACAAUCCUCAUCCUCCUUUCCGUCAUACAGAACACACACACAGCUCCGGUGGAGGAGGAGUACAGGGGCCUUUACCUUUAUUUGGCAGGAUUUAACUACAGCGGUUGUUAGUAAUGAGGGAUUGUGGUUGGAUGGAAUUUGUAUUUAAGGAUUAAAUGGGAUAUUUCGGUACAAAGGGAUUGUGUAAUUGUGUCCAUUAAGGAGUGGCGGGGUGAGACGUCAGCAGUGGAUGCAGUCAUUGUAUAAUGUAAUUUAUCAUUCGCUGCUUUAAAUCCUACUUAAUGGUCCAUUGAGGCGUGGCAGGAUCUAGCGGCCAGUUGCCCAGAGACCACUGACUCAUACAGUAGUUGAUUAUUUAUGCUGUAGUGAAAUUAUUUACUUGGCUUUAAACUUUCCCCAAACAAUUCAGAUUGAAUACAAGUUCUGCACCGGCCCGGUGAAGCAUUAGAGAAUGUUGAUAGCAAUAUUGUCAUUGUACUCUUAAAAUCACCAUUGAGUUAUUCUAAUGUAAAUAUUAUUUUCAAUAAAAUGCCUUUUAAUACAGUA